AUGACGGGCCAGGCAGUCGCCGCCGCCGCCGCCGUGCGGGACCAGGCCGCGCUGUGCCUGCUCCUCCUCCGCCACCUUGGAGGCCUCGACAACGGAAUGCCCACCGGCAACGUCGCCUUCUCGCCGAUCUCCUUCCACUCCACGCUCUCCUUGCUGGCCGCCGGCGCCUCGGGCGCCACGCGCGACCAGAUCGCCACAUUCCUCGGCCCCGCGGGCGCGGAGGCACACGCCGCGCUGGCCUCGAAGGUCGCGUCCGCCGUCCUCGCCGGCCGCGACGACGGCGGCGAAGGGGAGUCCAAGGUCCGGUCCGCGACGGGCGUCUGGGUCGACGCCACGCUACGCCUCAGCCCUGCCUUCGCUGACACGGCCGCCGCCAUCCACAAGGCCGAGGCACGGUCGGUGAACUUCCGCGGCAAUCUCAGGGGGGCGACGGCGGAGAUCAACGAGUGGUACGAGCGCACCACCGGUGGCCUCAUCAAGAACAUGCUGUCGGAGGGUGACUGCCACGCCUCCACGGCGGUCGUCGUCGGCAACUCGGUCUACUUCGACGGCUACUGGCGCGACCCCUUCAUCCCGAAGUACACUGAGGAAGGCCCGUUCUACGUCGUCGACGACGCGUCGCGGGACCACGCCGUCGUCCGCGUUCCGUUCAUGAGCGGAAGUUUCCGGCACAGGUUCAUGCAGAUCGGCGUCCACAACGCCGCCGGCGGCGGCGGCUUCAAGGUCCUGCGCAUGCCGUACCGUGGUGACGGCGGCGGCGGGACGGAGUUCGCCAUGUACAUCUACCUCCCGGACGAUCGCGACGGGCUGCCAGCCCUCCUGCGAGCGCUCAGCGCCAGCCCGGACACGCUCCUGGGCAGGUCCGUCGUGCCGGAGGAGCCCGCCGUCAAGGUGGGCGAGCUGAAGAUCCCCAAGUUCGAGGUGUCGCUGAGGGUGGAGGCGUCGCAGAUGCUACAGAGCCUCGGGCUAGACCUGCGUUCCUCGGGCGACUCGUUCUCGGAGAUGCUGAGCCCGCCGGCGCCGCCAGUGGGGUUGUCGUCCGUGGUGCACCAGUGUGUCGUCAAAGUGACGGAGAGGGGGACCAUGGCCGCCGCUGGCACCGUGGCGAUGAUGUACGGGUCUUCCAUGUCCCGUGAUCCAACUGUGGACUUCGUGGCCGAUCACCCAUUCGCCUUCUUCCUCAUGGAGGAUGUCAGUGGCGUGGUGGUUUUCGCCGGACAUGUCAUCAAUCCGUUGCUUGCACCACUGCCAUGA